UCUCUGUCUUUGUCUUCUUUAUUUUUCUGGGUUUAUUCGCAUGUUUCGAUGUUUUGGUAAAAGUUUGAUUUGUGUUCUUCUUUCUUAGUCGGGAGUGGUCAAUUGUUUUGGAAAUUUUGUUUUUUAAGUAUGAUUUUUUUCGUCUCUUCCGAUUCAGUUAGAUCAGAUUGUUUACGCACUUUCGAGUUCUGUCGAAGUUUCUCAGACGAUGUUCAGUUUUUGAUACUUGUGAAUCUGAAUCUCUGUUGUCUGCUGAGUCUGUGUCUGCUGAUGUCAUAAUGAAAUUUUGAGACUUUGCGUUUACGCGAGAGCUCCCUUGGCUUAGUCUCAUACGCCACCUCUUCUUUUGGUCACAUCACACAUAUCUAUACUAGUCAAUUCUUUUUCCUUUGGUCAUAAAUUCUGAUUCUAUCCUAUGUUGACUUGUUUUGUUGGAUUAAGCUGGUGAAGUAACAUGUUCUCAUGUUGCGUACUAAUCUCCUCAUUCACUUUAAAUCAAGUUUGUACUGUAGGGAAUCAAAAAAUAAUUUAUGAAAGAAAAAAAAAAUAAUUGAUUUUUGUAUGAAGGGCAUCAGAGUAUCCAGAGGAGUAUGAUGGUGGCUGCGUGCAGAUGAGAUUAUCUUACAGCCCCGCGGCUCAUCUCUUUCUCUUCCUUCUUCAGUGGACGGAUUGUCAUUUCGCUGGCGCUCUUGGAUUGCUUAGGAUCCUCAUUUAUAAGGCAUAUGUUGAUGGUAAGACCACAAUGUCGCUACAUGAACGGAAAGCUAGCAUCAGAGAAUUCUAUGAUGUGUUGUUUCCUUCGCUAUUGCAACUUCACGGAGGGAUAACCGAUGUAGAAGAAAGGAAACAGAAGGAGAUAUGCGACAAAAGAUACCGGAUAAAGGACAGAACAGACAAAGGGAAGAUGUCAGAGAUCGACUUGGAGAGGGAAGAAGAGUGUGGCAUUUGCUUGGAGGUUCGGAAUAAAGUUGUUCUUCCUACUUGCAAUCACUCCAUGUGUAUAAACUGCUACAGAAACUGGCGUGCACGGUCACAGUCGUGCCCGUUCUGUAGAGGCAGCUUGAAAAGGGUGAAUUCUGGUGAUCUAUGGAUUUACACUUCGAGCAAAGAGAUUGCGGAUAUACCAGCGAUUUACAAGGACAAUCUGAAGAGGUUGUUGAUAUACAUUGACAAGUUGCCUCUCGUUGCUUCUGAUCCAAAUCUAAUCUCUUAUGCUCCUCUUGCUCGCUGAACAGUUCACUCACUCUCUCUCUAUUUCUUCUAGUUAUGCACAUAGCAAUAUUACAUCAUCUCUUUGUGCCCACUUUGUAUAUAACAUUUUAUGUGUUUUCUCUCUUUCUGUUUCUGCCUCUAAGUUAUUUUUUUUUCAGCUCUCUACAGUCUCUCACUCUCUCUGGUUUGGAUUUUGUGUAUAAACAAACCACCUUUGGUUAACCACAUUGAUAGAUCUCGAUAUCACACAUUUGUUGACGUGGGUUUA